GACAAAGCUGUGGUGCUGGGCCUGAUUGACACCAUUGACACCAUCAUGGGCCACAUCUCUUUCAACCUGCAGGUCGGCAAGCCCCGGGUCACCAUCAUGGGCUCUUCCUUCAUGGCAGAGUUUUCAGUGAUCAAAGUCAUUCCCAGGGUGAUGAAUGCCUCCCACUACCGCUUCCCGGCCCGAGGGCAGAGCUACAUCGAGAUUCCCCAUGAGGCCUUCCACAGCCCAGGCUGGACCACCAUUGUGGGCCUGUUCUACCACUCCGUGCACUAUUACUUGAACAACAUUCAACCCGCCAAGACCAAAACUCUUGAUGCCAGCGCCUGCAGCUUCACUAUCAGGGAGAGUGCCCAGCCCUCUGAGGAGACUUGGGCACUGCUGUAUGGGGGUUGCCUAGGCCUGGGUUUGGCCGACA